UCAAAUAAAUAACUAGUGGCAGUAUCAUCUACAUCAUGUCUCAAAAGUCUCAAACCUUCGAGAGCAAAAAACAAAAAAACCAUCAAACCUUAUAUUCGAUUUCGUAAAAGAAAUAGAAUUGAAGAAGACAUCAUUUCAACUUCUCCCUUUUAACAAAAUUUGAUCACCUUUUAUGUUCUAUAUCUAUAUAUCCAAAAAUGGAAAGCGCUGCUAUUCCCCAAGUGGAGGAGACAACUAAACCAGUAGUGCCACCGCCAAUACUACUUCAUAAUACUACUACUACACCUCUAGCUCCUAAAGUUGUCACCAAUACUGUCACACCUCAAGAGACUGAUUUUUCAUCAAAGGAAAGUUCAAAGGGAUCCCUUGACAGAGAUAUUGCUCUUUCACAGCUUGAAAAUGAGAAAAGGUCUUCUUUUGUCAAGGCAUGGGAAGAAAGCAAAAAAAGCAAAGUGGACAACAAGGCCCAAAAGAAGCUCUCUAAAGUUGCAGCGUGGGAGAGUACCCAAAAAGCAAAGCUUGAAGCUAAACUGAAGACACUUGAGGAUCAACUAGAGCACAAGAAAGCAGAAUACGCAGAGAUGAUACAAAAUAAAGUAGCUCUAAUUCAUAGGGAAGCAGAUGAGAACAGAGCUGUGGUUGACGCGAACCGAGGGCAAGAAUUUCUGAAAGCAGAGGAGACAGCGGCCAGGUACCGCGCUACGGGGCAAAUCCCUAAGAAGAAGCUUCUUGGAUUCUGUGGAUGUUAAUGAUGUUAUGAACUUGUGAAAGAUCACCAAGGAUAACAUUCACUUUUCACUUUGUAAAUUUCAUGUUGCUUCUUUUUAGUGUGUGUUCUUUGAUGAGUGUCCAAUUAGGUUCUCUGCUACUCUGUGUACAAAAACUACUAAUAAAAUGUUGAUGAUAACGAGUCUGCUUAGAAAACUUCC